AUGUGUGCGAGUGCUUCGCGUACAGAUGAGCCCCGAAAAAGCCAGGGCUUCAACCAGAGCCCCAACCCACUCUCAGCCGAUCUGACGACGAACCAAGACUUGGACGGAAUCGUCAAUCAGAGAGAAAACCGAAGCGGGAGUGGUGGGACGGGAAUCUCGGCCCAGUUACGCCAAGAUGGUGUCGGCGAUGAUGGUGGCGGGUUGCCUCGGCCAGAGCGAGAUCGACCACCUGGCGGUGAUAUGAUCAAGACACCCUCAUCAACCGUGUCGUCACCAACCAACCCUCAGCCAAGCCAGCCUCCCUCUACCAAUCAAGUGGAAGCUCCUUCUCCUGGCAGUGUCAAGCAAGCAAAAAGCCGUCUCGGACGAAUUAAGCAUGCCCUCAUUACCUUUGGCCAGUUUGUGGGUCCCGGGGUCAUGAUCUCGGUGGCAUACAUCGACCCCGGUAAUUAUGCCACCGAUAUUGCUGCUGGCGCAUCUUAUCGCUUCAAGUUACUUUUCAUCGUCCUCCUGAGUAACCUAUUCGCCAUUCUUCUGCAAAGUCUGGCCAUCAAGCUCGGCACCGUCACCGGUUUGGACCUUUCCUCAGCCUGCAGAGCCUUUCUUCCACGAUGGCUGAACUACUUUAUCUACGCACUGGCUGAGAUUGCCAUUAUCGCAACAGAUAUUGCCGAGGUAAUCGGCACCGCUAUUGCCUUCAAUCUCUUGUCUCCCAAGAUACCUCUUGUCGCAGGAUGUGCUCUCUCCAUUAUCGAUGUCAUGCUCAUCCUCGUCUUCUACAACCCGAAUGGCCAAAUGAAAGGCCUGCGCAUCUUUGAGUUCUUUGUCUGCAUUCUAGUCAUGGGCGUAGUGGCCUGUUUCUGCAUCCAGCUCUCCAUGAUCUCCAACACCAGCGUCGGCCAAGUCUUCAAGGGUUACCUACCUUCCAGCGCCGUGAUCGAACAACAGGGCCUCUACCAAGCCUGCGGCAUCCUCGGCGCAACCGUCAUGCCGCACAGCCUCUUCCUCGGCUCCGGCAUCGUCCAACCCCGUCUCCGCGCCUACGACGAACAACGUGGUCUCCUCCCUGCCGAACCCGUUUCCGCCAACUCAUCCGACACCAACAGCGACUACGUCGACAAAGUCCACUACGUCCCCUCCCAGUCCGCCAUCAAGCACUCGCUCAAGUACUCCAUCGCCGAACUCGCCCUCUCCCUAUUUACUUUCGCUCUCUUCGUCAACUCGGCCAUCCUCAUCGUCGCCGGCGCUUCUCUGUACCAAAACCCCACCGCCCUCGACGCCGACAUCUUCGCCAUCCACUCGUUGCUUUCGUCCUCCAUCUCGCCCGCCGCAGGAACCAUCUUCGCCCUUGCCUUGCUCCUGUCGGGCGUCUCGGCAGGUAUCGUCUGCACCAUUGCCGGGCAAAUGGUCAGCGAGGGCGCGUUGCGGUGGAAGAUGCGGCCCUGGCUGCGCAGACUUAUUACGCGGUCCAUCAGCAUCACGCCUUCUAUUCUUAUUGCUGCCGUGGUGGGGAAAGACGGGUUGAAUGCCGCGUUGCAGGGGAGUCAGGUGGCGUUGAGCGUGGUGUUGCCGUUUGUGACGGCGCCGCUGAUUUGGUUCACGAGCAGGGAUCGGUACAUGAUGGUGAUGCCGGGCGGGGCGAGGUAUCAGGUGGAGGAGGAGGCAGUGGGGGAUGAGAGGCGGCUGUUUUCGGCGAAGAGGGGAUGGUUGGGGAGGAAGAUGGGGAAUAAUAAUAAUAAUGGUGGGGGGGAGCAGGAGGGAGGAGUCAAAAUGGCGAAUUCGUGGUUGACUACGAUUGUGGCGGGGCUGGUUUGGGGGCUGAUUGCUGUCAUGAAUGUAGCGAAUUUGGUGUUGUUGGGGAAGGGCAAUAGCUAGGCGGUACUUGAGAGCUGGAAGAUGGGGUCAACAAGGCACAGCGGGUUUUGUAGUAGAUAAACAUCAUGAUAGAAGUUGGCUAAGUAUAACAUCGAUUGAUGGGUGACAUCAAAUGCCAAGACCCAUACGG